AUGACGAAGGAGCCGGAUAUGACUAACCGGGUGUUGGAGCAGUUUUUCAGAGCUAGAUGGACUGAGCAGACAAGGAGUGUGAUUUCUACCGAUCUACCGCUGCCUUCGGUGGGGGUUUCAGCAGAGGAGACCUCAGCAUUGAUUAGGCUGGUGUCGGAGAGGGAGACCCAGGAGGCAAUACGGUCCCUUGCGGGGGAUAAGGCACCUGGUCCGGAUGGAUUCCCUCCAGUAUUUUUUCGUAGGUACUUCACGCUAGCCAGGCAGGAUGUGAUUGAGGCUAUCCAGCAGUUCUUCAGCACAGCGGCGAUGUCUCCUGAUUGGCAGAGAACUUUUGUUACUUUGAUUUUCAAGCGACAGGGCUUGACUGAGCCGGGCCACUACUGCCCAAUCAGUUUGUGCACCACACUGAAUGGACAUCUGUUCGAGGGGAGAGGGUUGCCUCCGAGGAUUGUGAUGAACAGAGCCAUGUCCCAGGCGGCAAAGGUCUUUUUGAUGAAUUUUGAUAGCGGUAUGGCGAUGGAUAGAGCUUCUGGAGGAGUGGGCUUUGUUAUUAGGGACCAGUAUAGCAGAUUGAUUGCAGCUGGAGGUUGGAGCAUUCCAAGAUUGACUGUUGUUGGGGCGGAGCUACGAGUUGCUUGGGAGGGCAUCCGAUAUGCGAGAUGCGUGCUGGUUUUGAUAGAUUGUGCAUUGAGGGAGACUCUGCCACGGUGA